CUCGGGGAGCUUUUAUUUCGAAAAACCAUGACACGGCGGAAGUAAACAAUAAUCACGUUACAACCCGGAAGUGUUGUGUUUCAGUGAUUAACGUGUGAAAAGAGCAGAAUGAUCCAUUUCUCGUGUGAAGAAGCGUUAAUGGAGAAGCUGCAGACACCGACCAGCCGCUGCUAGUCUCCCCCGCGGCCGAAGCCCCGCAGCCAGAGGCGGUUCCGUGCGAGCAGCGACGCCCCGAUGCCCGCGUCCCCGACGGAGACAAAUCAGCUCCCUGUGUUUACACCCCGGCGGAGAGCGGCCGUUUCCCCGCAGUGUGUCGUUAGCUAACCGAGCGGCCGCGACUCUUCUCCAGGCGAAGGACGGAAAAACAACAUGGCUGAACUGCACGUCGUGGAGCCGAGCGCCACGGGCACCAUCGGGCAGCCCGAGCACCGCGGCUCCGUGCGCCUGGCUUCGCCCACUCUCAUGGUUCCUCCGCGGGGCAGCCAGCUCAGCCCCGGCGCGGUGUCCGGCGGCGGCAGCGGAGGAGGAGGAGGAGGACGGACGGUGUUCGGGUUCCCGGGGAAGAGCAGCCCCGUGUCCCCGUCCGAACCGGCGGACAAGCCGGGAUCCCGGUGGGUCCGGCUGAACGUCGGUGGGACCUACUUCAUCACGACCAAACAGACGCUGUGCAGGGACCCGAAAUCCUUCCUGUUCCGCCUGUGUCAGGAAGACCCGGACCUGGACUCCGACAAAGACGGCACAGGAGCCUACCUGAUCGACAGGGACCCCACAUACUUCGGCCCCAUCCUGAAUUACCUUCGACACGGAAAACUGAUCAUGGACAAAAAUCUGGCUGAGGAAGGGGUUCUGGAGGAAGCGGAGUUCUACAACAUCGCGUCCCUGGUGAGGCUGGUUAAAGAGAGGAUACGGGACAACGAGAACCGGACGUCUCAGGGCCCCGUGAAGCAUGUGUACCGAGUACUACAGUGCCAAGAGGAGGAACUCACACAGAUGGUCUCAACCAUGUCGGACGGUUGGAAGUUUGAGCAGCUCAUAAGUAUCGGCUCCUCAUAUAACUACGGCAACGAGGACCAGGCAGAGUUUCUAUGUGUAGUUUCCCGGGAACUCAACAACUCCACCAACGGCAUCGUCAUCGAGCCCACCGAGAAGGCCAAGAUCCUGCAGGAGCGAGGCUCGCGGAUGUGAAGAGACGCGGCUCCUGAGAGAAAUAUCACCUUAUCAACAAAAUCAAAACAACAACAUAAACCUUUUCUCCAUGAGUUUCCCCCAAAUCACCUUUCUGCCAUCACUAACACCUUCAUCAUCGUCAUCAUCUACCCCCUUCUUCCCUCUCCUCUGGUGUGCCUUUCCACAGCGGGGGCCCCCUGACGCCUGCCCUCUCCUGCAGUGCCGCAACUCGACCCUGACUUGUCUUCUCGUUUGUCCUCCUCCGUCGCCGGCUGUGGAGCCCGUUGGGAGGAGUUCAAACGAGAUCUCACGUGAGCCGUUGUCCUCAUAGCAGCUUUUUGAUGGUCAGUGUCAUGGCGGCGCAGGCUACGGUGCUGAAUGUAGCCUCUUGUUGUUGUGAGUGGAUGGAGGCCCAGCACAGAGCUACUACUCAUCAUCAUCAUCAUCUUCAUCGAUACUUUCAUCAACAUCAUCGCUGUCGAGACAGGAAGCUCGCUCGCUCUGAUACAUUUGUCGACUACGAAGAAACCUCCUCAGGACUCUCACAGGACAUAAAGGAAUGAACACAACUCCACUGACUGAGCCGCUCUCUUUACCCGGAUCUGUUAAUGGAGCAGAAAUCGAACGCCCGCCGUCUCCCAGACUCCUCGGCUGACGUCUGAGGCGAGUCGCGGCACAACAAACCAAGCCGGGUGUUCCAGAGGCGGAGGAUAAGACGGAGCAGUCGCAGGAGUCCGAUCGCUCCGUUUGCCUGGUGCGGCAUUUCCUCUCCGCUCUCUGGUCUUUGGAAGCAGCUGAAACGAGUGACAGGUUCUCCUCUCUCAGACGCCCUGUCUUGAAUCGCUGUGGCGACGCCGCUGCACCUUGCUCCUCCUGUCUCCGGUCUAUAGGCUCGAUCUGGUCUGUUCCCACGGGGAGAAAAUUUGGGGAAAUUUUAGCGCAAAAAAAACAAAAGACUCAAAAAGACUUCACCUGUGUACAAUUUGUCAAGGCAUGUGAGGAAUCUAUAUAAAUCUAUAUAGGCUACAUGAUGAAAUUAUAUGAAAAAUUGAAUGCAAAUGGUGUAAUUAUUGGUUUCUGUAUCAUAGUUGUUACAUAUUUACAUAUUCUGGUGGGUGAGUUUAUUUAAACGAUGGAGAGAAUAUCACUUUUCCUGGAGGUUUCCCAGCCGCUCACAUGUGUGUGUGGGUACGUGUGCGCAGUGCCUCUCUGCUUUCUGUCCACGACUGAAAUAUCACACGUUUCUCAGCUGCACGUUUUCUGUAGUGUUCCUCAAAACAAAAAAGAAUUGUCACCCAAGUUUUCUCUUAAAUAUCCUAAGUUGAUCUCUUGCAUAUCUUAAAAUUGUAAUUAGGGACAAGGAAAACUACUUCCUGUCGCUGCCAUUUGUCCAGACGAGCGCGGCGUGGCAGGGGAUCGGACAGUGGCCAGUCUGUAUGCUGCCUCAAACCCCUGAAGCCCCCGGCUCAUAUCCAGUCACUCAUCUCCACACCCGGGCGACUGUGUUGUCUUACGUUCUGCAGCACUUGUAGCAACUGUGGCGAAAGCUGAAUCGUCCUCCUCGCGCUUACGGCCCCGAGAUACCUGAGCUCACGUGGUCACGGAGACGUGCGUCCUGUCAGUGAACCUGUCGGACGGGACGUGUGUGUCCGGCUUUCAGAGGGAAGCCUUUAUUUCUGACGUCAUGUGAUUUAUCUCUGCCAGCACAUGGCUACUAACAUGGCUAAAGUACUUUUCUCUUCAAAUACACUUGACAUUACGUUGCUGUGUGAUGAUGCUGCUUUUAAGACUCGUUACAACAUCGGACCAACGUGCAAAUACAGAUUUUUAUUGCGAAAAUCAAUUAUCAGUACAAAUAUAUAUAUACAAAUAUGUUUUCAAAUUAAUGCUCAAAAGUAUUUAUGACUUUUAUGCAAGUAAUAUGGAAUCAGAUUCAAAUUCAGCUUCUGAUUCACAGUUUCCAAAACUGGGCUAAAAGAAAGAGCUGAAGCAUUGGUUUGUUUUAUAUUUGUUGAUAAUUGUAUUUGAGGGUUUUAUUGUUUUCUAACUUUGUUCACUUAUAAAUUGAAUAUAUUUGGGUUUUUAGAUGUUUGGUCGGACAAGAUGAGGCAAGUGAACACGUCUCCUUGAUUCUGUUAUCGACAAAAUAAUCAACUUAUUAGUUUGGAAUCGUUUUUUUCAGCCUUUAGCAGUCAAACCAACUAUGUCUGCACCGAGAGAUUAUUUCCAGUUUUCAAUUAAUUCAUUUCUUAUUCUAUGAAAACAAACCCGUCUCCUCCUCUCUGAAACCGAGGCGAUUCCUUCAAAUGGCGCACGACAGAGAAAAGCAGCAGAAUCUUACUUUAACAAAAAAACUGCAAACAGUUGAAUUAAGAAUAAACGUGAGUUGACUGGUGUGAGCGCAGCCUCGUUACACGAGCAACUUAAUGCAACGUUUGACUCAUAUUCACACAUAUCAGGCUGAAAAUGGAAACACCUCAUUGUGACCCGUGGUGCAGACCAGACGUUUCAUCAGUGCACCUUUCUGCCUGAGGGGCGUCCGGUGUGCACGUGGCCGACACCGAUCACUGGCAUCGAUCACUUUGAUACGCCACCUUUUGUACAAAGAGCAUAUUUGAUGCAGUUAUGUUAUAUCAAGCAUGAACAAAAAAGAAUGUGUUUAAUGGGAAAAAAAAUGUACCGUUGCUGUUGUCAUGCUCAGUCAGGCCUCAGAGCUCAAACUUUGAUGUGACUUCUUCUUCGUUGUUUCAUUUUUUUUAUUUCCCCUCUCGAGUGUGUGUGUGUGUGUGUGUGUGUGUGUCGUGCAGUUUUCUUCUUCUCCGAGUCGUGUGCAGACUGACGUGUUCUGCUGAAAACGCCCAAACGUCUCAUCGAGGAGCACUUUGUUCUUCUCCCUUGUGUUUUUCUCUCUGGGCCUUUUGCAAAGCACCUUGGGUGUCGUUUCCCUUCGUCUGUGUCCAGUGUUGUGCCUUUGACCUGUGUUGUGCACAGUUGUUCUCCCCUCUUAUCAUAAGGUGCCUCGCAUACCUUAAAAAAGCCAGGAGGCGCCGACCCGAGGUAAAAUGUAUGACACGGUUUCUGUCGUUGGUGUUUCAGUGAGAGGCAAAGCCAAACAGUUCCAUUAUCCCCUGCAUCGUUUCAAGUUUGACUCUGUAACUACGAAAUGAAAAAGGCGAACAUCUGCUUUCUUUGUGCCAUCGCAUCGAGUUGAAUCCGCCCACGAUCCCGUAAACUCCCGGAGAUUCCGACCUGUGCGUCUCUGCUGUAAACCCCCGGUGGCCGGUUUACAGAACCUGUGAAUGGGAGGGAAGCUUUUAUCUUAGUAAAACUCCAGCAGUGCACUUGUUAUCAGAAAUCCAUUGAUCUAUAGACUCCACUUUGUUACUUUGGCUUCACUCUUUCCUCCGGUUGCAUGCCGAAGCCACCUCCACCCUCCGACUUUUAGAUGUGUGUAAUCGAACUUUAAAGCACUUACUGUACCUGUCACCUUUGUGAACCCAGUUUGAUCUUAGCGUCGGUUGCGUAGUUCAGUGGCUCCCGACCUUUUUGGUGGGUUCAACUCCUCGAAGAGAUCGUUGAGAUAUGAAGUGAGAGGAAAAACAUAUUCUGACUUUUUUAUUAGCCGUGCUGUCUGUCGGCCCACCUCUUGGGUCCGAUCUCGGAAUUCGUGGUCCCAUAGGUUGAACCUUACUGACUGAACUAAUGACAUGACUUUUAAUAUCACUUGUUAAUUUGCAGUUGUUACACAGCAACUCUCACUGGCAGCGUUGCUGAAAACUCUUUUCUUGUGAUUUAUCACAUGAUUUAACUUCUUUGGGAAUAAAGUGGAACAGUGGAAAAUAAGUCCCUGUCUCCUUGAACUGGUUACACCUGGUAAAUAUAUGCAACUUGUGAUGACGCCUUUGAUUCAAAGCCUAAAAGGUUGGGUCCCACUGACGCAGCUGAACUUUUUAGUGCGGUUAUCGUAAUAGCAACCAUUUUUUUUAAACAAGAAAAGAACUUUUGAUUAUUAGUUUUUACUUUCACCUGCACUAGCUAGACGACAGAUGAUGUGCAAUGUUAACAAAUCUGCAAAAAAUUAUACAUACAUAUAUAUAUAUAUAUAUAAAUAUAAAUAUAUCUGUUGUUUGGGCACGUGAAAACAUGAGAGCAUGUUGUUCUAGAGAUUACGAUGUUGUGUGCUGGAUUUUGUCCGACCUCUGUGGUAGUGCAAAGUGUACGUGAUGCAUGGUGUGGGGGGGGGGGCAGAGGGACGGCAUGGCUCUGUGGUUCGUAGGUGUAGAUUUCUUGUGUGGAACAGUUUGUCGACAACAUUUUUCUCUAUUCACAUGUUCCGUUUUCUUUGUCUUUUGUAUCUUUGACGCGUCGGCUCAACCUAACGGUAGAUAAAGAAUAGCUAGCUUCGAAGACAAACUAACCAAUCAGAUCGCCUCUCCCGCCUCUCCCCCACCUGGGUUUAUAUAGCAUUUACGUGACCCCCCCGCAGGUCAACUCACAGAAAGAAAGGUUUCUUUACUUCAUGGGUCAUUUUGCCAGUUAAUCUGUAAACACCUGCAUGCGUUUGUGGGACAUGCACACUUGUACUCUCAUUUAGACGUACUCUGAAAUGUCACCUAUUUACACUUUUGUGUUCAUUUAUCAGCAGUAUUGAUGUCAAAUGUGAAUAUCGUCAGCGGAGACUGUGGGAAAAAUGUUCGGAAGCUGACAAAAACGUUUUGUCCGAUUUUUGUUUAUUUCACUUUUAUUUAUUUUGUAUUUUUUGAAUUUUGUCUACCGAUGUUGUUUCUUUACAUGUAACGAUUUUGACAGAAGCCGGUCUGGUUUUUAAUCAUAAAAUGUGUCUGUGUUUUAAAA